AUGUAUUCAAUGUUUAUCCACCACACAACAAACAUCACAUCCACCUCUCACAGAACUCAGCCUGUCAACAAGACUCCAAUCUCUUCCCAAUCUCCUCACAAUUUAACCACCCCACCUCUAUCGGACUUCCUUCUCCACCACGGAUACGAAAACUCACAUCAGACAUCCACGUCAGGCACCAGCUUGCCGCAAAAUACCGUUGUGCGACUAUUCGUACCUGACAGGUGUACACUAAGAGCCAGACAACGUCUAGUUCCUGUUGCUGUAUGGACGACGCUCCAUUCUAUUUCGACCAACGAAGUGUCAGCGAUACGUUCUAGUGGUAAUCUAACCAGUCAAGCAUAA